AUGGUGUCCUUUUGGCCGUGGAAGAGCGACGACUCCUCGCCGGCCUCGUUCGAAAAAGCUCUCUCGGCCCUCUCGAAAAAGAUCGCAACUACUCAGUCUCGCCUAGAAUAUACCCGCCUGCGGUCCCGCAAGAUUAAACUCUUGGGGACUCUAUACACCUCCUUUGCCUACCUCGUCAGCGUCAUCGUUCUCCUCCUAGUUGUAGGAUAUCCAAAUCUCGGGCCAUGGGAAUGGACUGGAAUGGCUGGAGGACCUGUCCUCAUCCACUUAACGCGCGUCGUCAUCACGAGCUAUUACAAUUAUCGCAUAGACAGUCUCGAAGCCAAGCUGAAGGCGCUGCAAGAAGAGCGUGGCAAGACGAUUCAGAAGCUUAAGGAUGCGACCAAAUAUGACUCUACCUUGGAGCUUAUUGAGAAAUACGGCGGUCCUGAUGGAAGACCGCGCAGCAGACAACAGGAAGCGCCUGAGGAACCGGCAGACGCCAAAAAGUCGCACCCGCAGCAGGGCUCGUGGGCGAUGCCGGAUCGCAUUCACAUUUCGCCUCCCCCGACAGCCAACAUCCCUCGACGAGAACUCUCACCCGCCUCGCUUGCUCCCAGCAGCCGGCCCGUGACGCCGCUGGCCCAGAGCGUCGGCUCCCUCGAUACCACGGCCGAAUUUGCGCCCAACGCUUUUGGCAACAAUCUUCCUCCUCCCCGGCCUCAGUCGGCGCAAAGCCAACAGAUGUACAACAUACCGCCUCCGGCCCCCUCCGAGCCCCACUGGUACGAUCGCAUCUUCGACGUCCUUCUGGGCGAAGACGAGACGGCCGCCAAGAAUCGCAUCGUGCUAAUAUGUCGGUCCUGUCGCGUGGUCAACGGGCAAGCGCCUCCCGGCACCAAAAGCCUGGGUGAACUGGGCAUGUGGAAGUGCAUGGCCUGUGGGACGCCCAACGGCGAAAUGGAUGAAGGGAAGCGCAUCGUAAGAGAAGUCCUCAAAUCACACGAGAAAGAAAAGGAUGCGAGCUCGAGCAAAGAGCCGUCGACGCCGGAGACUGACGAUGGUGCCAAAGAAGCCGAGGACAGCGAGCUCUCAAGUUCCCAUGCCGACGGCCCAGCAGCUUCAGUCAAGGCCAGGAGAUCGACGAGAAGUAAGAAAUAA